CCCCUCCAUUCACCCACCUAACAACAUCGCCUUUGCUUCGUCCCUUUCGUCCGCGACCUCUCGGCUCAUAGACCGAAACAGACUAAAGCGUCCACGAAGGAACCAUCGAAUGCGAGCAGCCCUGCUGCAUCAUGGCUCGCUCCCUCUCGUCUCUCGCCUCCCCGCCACUGCCGCCUCCCAUACAAACGCAACCCCCGCGUCCUCCUCACUCCUCGCACCAUCCCCCACCCCCCCUGGUGCCCUCCACAUCGCCCCCUGUACAACCCCCCCUGGUCGAGCAACCACCGCCGCCGAGUCAGUCCCCCUCGUCGCCAGUGCAGCCGCCCAGCGUGCCGGCCGCGGCGAGCAGCGGCCCCGUGGACGUGGCGGGGCUGGCGCCGUUCAUCGCGGGCACGGCGGCGUGCAUGCUCGCCUUCUUCGCCGUCGGAAUCCUCCUCUCGUUCGCGCUGCGCUGCCCGCGCCUCCUCGCCGCCCUCCUCCCUAAUUGCCUCCUCGUUAUUCUCGUCCGCGACGUGGACGAUCCCGACGGCACAGCGGGCCGUCGCACGCCGACGUCGCACGGCGACAAGAAGAGUCGCGGGCUGGAUCCUGCGACGCUGGAGACAUUCCCAAUAGUGACCUUCAGGGGUUUGGCAGGGGGCAGCGGCGGUGGAAGGGCCGGCGAUUGCACGGCGGAUAGCGACAAGGAGAACGGGCACUGCAGCACCGCGGCGAGCUGUCAGCCCGUGCGACACGCGCUGCCGCUGGGUGAAGCGCCUGCGGCUUGUUUCGGCGAAAACCGAACGGUCAGUAACUCGGUUACUGAGCUCGCGGGAGACGGGCUCGCUGCGGGAAAGGGAGUGCUGUGUGCGGGAACGGGAGGGGCAGAGGCAGCAGCGGGAUUUGGCGCGGGGGAGCGGGGAGCAGCGGAAAGAGGCGCGGAAGGAAGGGAAGUGCAGGGAGGGGCAAGUGAGAGAGAGCAGGCCUCGGGGGGGAUGGAAGCACCAGCGGGAGGGGAGGAGUGCGGCGAGAUGGGUGCGGUGGAGUGCGCCGUGUGUCUGAACGAGUUCACCCACGGCGACCAGCUGCGCCGCCUGCUGCCGUGCGGCCAUGGCUUCCACGUCAGCUGCAUCGACUGCUGGCUCGCCUCGCACACCACGUGCCCCGUGUGCCGCACGUCCCUGGAGCCGACGAAAGAGGUCGAGGAGAGCCGCUGAGGUCUUCGCCCCGCUGAGGCACGGCCGCUGGCUCGUCGUGGCUCGCAUCUCACUCCUCGCGCCCCCUCUGCCGCACGCCCCGUACAUUGGAAGUUGUGACCAGAAUGGAGGGCGAGUGUGACGGAAGCGGUGAGCACGGACGGCGCCCGGCCGCGAUGUUGUGCCGCUGAGGGGGGCGCAGCAGAAAUGGAGAAAUGAAGCGCUCGCUCACGUCACGUGUGGAGUGUAGGCGAGGCGCACCUGGCGUGCUCUGGCGCGCCCGAGGGAGCAGCGCACCUGGCCAAGGGGACUGGGCCGCUUCGCUCACCGCGCGGACGGCUGAGAGGAGGAGACGUGGUGCGGUGUGGGAGGAGGCAUCUGGAAGGAAGAGAGUGCGGGAGAGGGUGUGUGAGGAGGCCAAUGCGGGUCUCGUCAGUGGCUGUCUCGUCAGUGGCUGUCUCGCCAUGGCGUGCUCUCUGCGACUGUGCGCCUCACCAACGCUCCAGAAGGCUUCGCCUGUCUCCCAAGUGGGUCUAUAUCGCUGGUGCUUCUGCCGGCCCAUCGCUGCCACGCCCAUCCAAGCAGCUCACGCACUUCCCCCACCCUCACGCCCCGCCAACCCCCUCCACCCACGCCCCUCGCCUGCUGCGCUCCCCACGGGUUCAGCUGGACCCCAUCCACACGCCCCAUGCCGCCGCCACCUCUCCCCCCACAGCGCUGGGCGCGCAGCGGCGACAGCAGCAGCGGGCGCAGCGUGGGCAUGGAAGUCGGCAGCACACACACAGGGCUGGCGCAGACCGCCAGGGGGAUGCUCAGAGCGGAAGGCGCGCUCGUGGGCGCCGGGCGGGGAGGGGAGGGAGGGAGCACGGCUGAGGUGCGGAGGAGGUAUGCUGGGGGGAACAGAUUAAGUGAAGGGUGGGCGUUUGGGGUUCAGGAUCGUGGUAGAUUAGGGUUGUUGCUGGGUGGAUGGUCGGAGCUACGGUGUUUGAUGCGCUACGAGUGAUGCGUGAGCCGAGUGCUGCUUGGUGAUCCGCCCUAUGAGCGAGUGCCUGAGUGGGGGCGGCCCAUCAAGUGAGGGACUUGCAGUGGGAGGGCUCAGAUGAGGAGAAGGUCCUUGAGGAAGCCUUCAAACUUUUGCUCUCAACGACAGUUGUUUUCAACGUUGUUGUUGUAAUGUUUUAACUCCGUUG